GUUUUCCUGACGGAAGGUGGGCCAAUUGUUCCUCCGGGUCUUCGCUGCUGCCAGAGCCUGCAGUUUCUGUGAAGAAUUUCCUGUAGUUCACCUAUUAGCAUGACAGAUGAGUUUAUCACUUCUAAAGAAAUCAUUUCAGGCGCCUCUGUCUCUAUGACUGAUCCUGGGAUCUGUGAAGAACUGAGCAAAUCUUUUACCUGGACAAAUAAGAAAAGGAAGAGUUGGCUUUCAAGGCUGUGUAAGAAAAAAACAUCUUUGCCAGAAAAUGAAUGGAAUUCCUACUGCCUAUCUUCAUUAGCUGCCCGGAAUAUCUGUACUGGCAAACUUCAUAGCUCUUGGGAUCAUUUGGAAACUGCUUCUCUUUGUUGUUCCAUAUGUAGCACCUCUUCUUGUUCUCUCUUAAAUGCACUGACUUGGGGAGAAUCCAUUCAGGCACUGUCAAGUAGUAUCCGUAACCCAAACAAGGCCAUCUUCACUGUGGAUAUUAGAACAACUGAGAUUCUAGUUGCAAAUGAUAAAGCCUGCAAGAUUCUUGGAUAUAGUUCUGAGGAAAUGAUUGGGCGGAAAUUAUCUGAAAUAAUUUCAAAAUCCAACUGGGAUAUUGUGGAAGCUCUAAAAGAAGGAAAUACUGAUCUUGAAGAACAUGGACCAGUAAUUCCAGGAACAGUGGUAGAUGCCAUUUCCCAAAAUAAUGAAAAGAUCCCUGUCACUAUAUGGACAAGAAAAAUUAAAGGCCAUUGCAGUCAGUACUGUGUUGUUGUUUUGGAACCUGUGGAAAGACUCUCUGCUUCCGUUUCCUUCAAAAGUAAUGGAGAGAUUACUUCAUGUGACCCCCUUUUUGCUCACCUUCAUGGAUAUUCAUCAUCAGAAGAUGUGGUUGGUCACUAUAUAAAAGAUUUCAUACCUUCUAUCCAACUUCCUGCACCUGGGAAAAAAAUUCCAAAGAAUAUCAAAAUUCAGAGAUCUGUUGGCCGAGCAAGGGAAGGAACAACAUUCCCUCUCAGUCUGAAACUCAAAGUAAGCCCUCGUGUUGAUGAAGUUAUUUCUGUAUCAGAUGACUCUCCACCAGCUAUGGAUGUUGAAGUUUUGCAAAAUAGCACCUCUUUACCAAUGGAUUGUUGCUUCUGUGCUACCAUCUGGGUGUUCACCACUAUCAGCGGAUUGGUAACUGUUCAGACAGAUGGCACAAUUUAUGGAAUUAACAAUACAUUUUCCCUAAUGCUAUUUGGUUAUGAGAAGAAAGAACUAUUAGGCAAGAAUAUCACUUUCUUGAUUCCUGGAUUUUACAAGAACAUGGAUAAGACCGAUUCUUCUUUGCAACUUCCACAAUCUAGAGAAAGCUAUGUGAAUGCAGAAAACAUGCAUUCCUCUGAAGAAAUGCAGAGGGAUGAAUGUGCUUUUGAGAAAGUCACCAGCUCAUUCUUUGUUGGAGACAUGGAUUUUCCAGAUCUGAAGGAACAACAGGAAUUAGGGAGGAAUGAAGCUGAUCUCCCACAUGUAAGGGAAAUCCAGCUGGAAAGUUUGCAAAAUGUGCCCUGCGCUCUACUGUCUCCUGCAGUGGCAUCUUCAUCCCUAAUUUGCGGAAACCAUAUACCUAGCAAUAAUGUGCUAGCUACUAAUGAAGCUAUAUCUUCUGAAAAUCUAAAUUAUGAAGAUGGCACUGAAAAAGAGACUGGACAAUCUGCUAUCCAUCAGAUGAAUGAAUUACAUUCUCUAAAACAAAAUCAUUCAGAAUCGAAUGUAUUAGAUGAUAGAAGUAAUUGCCUUUCCAGAAGUACUUAUGAACUAAUUCAGGAAGAAAAUGACAAUUUGAACAGACACGAUUCUACUUCACCACAAGAUAUUGUGAAGCACCAGCCUUCCACAAUAAGAAGAGGAAGAAAACAUUCUCUCCUGGGCAGUGAGACAUUUGAUAAAAAAUUAUUAAAAGCUGAAUUACAACUUGAGGCAAAUGUACCUUGUGAAAUUGUACAUGGGUCAUUUGGAACUCCAACACUGGAUGAGCCAAAGGACAAUACAGCAUCUAACCCAAGGCAAAGUCAGGCAGUUCCACCCAGAACUCUAAUGAAUAGAGCCAAUAGCUUAACAUUUGAGAAUAAUUCCUUAGAAAGUUCAACUAUUGAUUCCUCAGGUUUUUUGCCUGCAAAAAAGAGCAGUAGUCUCCCUAUACAUGGAGGAUCAUCAAAACUUUAUGACGACUCUAUAAUUAUGGGAAGUGAGAAUGUGGGUAGUAACCAUUCUGUUUGCUGUGGACUGAUGAACCUGGGGAUUAAUGAAGAGGUGAGAUCUGACCCAAGUGCUGCCUGUCGACCAAUAGAACUUUCCUUAGAUGCAAAAGAUCUUGUUCAGUCUCUGGAUCAGACAAAUAAUAUUGCAAGUGAUCAGUUGGAGUUUCUGUUGAAUGGUAUCUCUCCAUCAGCCAGUCAAAAGAACUUGUUUGUUAAUAAGCCUUCUGAGUACUUUGACAAUGAUUUCUCUAUACUUUGUACUUCAGAACUUGAAAGUGCUGUACCAAUUUUAAGGGAUGAUCUAGAAAUAAAUUCACUAAAAAGUAAUGUUGGGUCUGAAGAAGACUUUCUGAUAUUAAAGCAGCAGCAUAUGGCACAAGUAACAUCAACACCUGUAAAACUAGAAAAUGUGCUAUCUCCAACAACUGAUUCGAACACUGAAAUACUAGAAGGCAGCUAUACUGGUAAUUGCUAUCACCGAGAUGGUUCUCGACUCAGCAUACUCUUUGAGGUGAAACGUGUGGAAUUGCAUGAUCCCGCUGCUCUUUUUUGUAUUUGGGUUAUGAGAGACCUUUUCCGAAGCCAGAAACAAGCAGCAGCAAAGACACAAUUACUUCUUUCUAGCUUGGGCAGUUCCUGCCAAACAUUAGAUGAAAUCUCAGCUGUUAAUUUGGCAGAAAUAAUCAAAACCACACCCUUAUUUGAGAAUUCACGAAGAGCCGAAGAAUUAGAAAGACUGAAAGCUUGUGAGGGAGGCUAUGGAGAGAAAUACGAUACUGUUACUUUUAUUGGAAAAGGAGCUUUCGGGUUUGUCUGGACAGGAAAAUGCAAAAUGGACGAGAAAGAGGUUGUAGUGAAAUUCAUUUGGAAAGGAAGGGUAUUAGACUACUGCUGGGUAGAAGAUCCUGAACUAGGGACUAUUACUCAGGAGAUUGCUAUUCUGAGGAAACUUCAACAUCCCAAUAUUAUCAAGGUGCUAGAUAUAUUUGAGAACCAACAGUUCUUUCAACUAGUGAUGGAGAAGCAUGGAACCGGUUUAGAUCUCUUCACAUUCAUUGAUAAUCAACCUGAUUUGGAUGAGCCUUUGGCAAGUUACAUAUUCCGGCAGCUCAUAUCUGCAGUGAACUAUCUUCGCUCUAGGAAUAUUCUUCACAGAGACAUAAAAGAUGAGAACAUCAUAAUUGCUGAAGAUUUCACAAUCAAACUAAUAGACUUUGGCUCAGCUGCUUAUUUGGAACCUGGCAAAAUGUUCUAUACUUUUUGUGGGACAAUUGAGUAUUGCUCUCCAGAAGUGCUAUCAGGCAAUCCAUAUUCAGGACCAGAACUGGAAAUGUGGUCACUAGGUAUCACCCUUUAUACCAUAAUCUUUGGAGAAAAUCCUUUUUGUGAGCUUGAAGAAACAAUAGAUGCUGUAUUGCGACCUCCUUACAAGGUGUCAGUUGGUCUGAUGAGUCUCCUCUCUGGACUCUUGAAGCCUUUUCCACAGGAUCGAAUAACUCUAGAAAUGGUCAUACAGGAUCCUUGGGUGUUUCAACCUGUAAACUUGAUGAACUAUGCAUGGGAGAAAGUAUUUAUUUGUGACAAAACAGAAAACAACAGUUUUAAAAUUCAUCCCACUGGUUGCAAUCAUGGUGGUAUUUGGGCAAUCCCAAGCCUGGACAGUGAGCAGAGUUUUAAUGAUGAGAUCAAUAAUCAUGAGACGGCAAAUUCCCAACUAGUUGGAAUUAUCUCUUCUGCGGAUCGAGAGCCAUCAACCUCUUCCCAAUGCCAGAAUCACUGAAAUCUUAACUUUGGACACAAUC